AUGGGCGAGAAGGUUGAUAAUGCAUCAUCAGAUGGCUUCGAUGCAGCGGCUAGGAUCCGCGGCGAGAUCAACUACGGAACCAAGAUGGGGUGGCGGCUACUAGCGCGUAUCGAUCAGCUCAAAGUAUCACAUCUCGUGAGCUUCUGGGACCGGGACUCACGGGACGGAGCUAUGUCAUUGCUGAAGGACUUGCGUAUCGACUAUAUCGAGCUACGGUACCUGUACCUGGCUGUGAGCAACGCGAAGACCAAUACAGCGGAAAGGGCAGGCGGAAAGAGUUUCAGGUUCUUAGGCGCCCUUUCGUUUGGAGAUCUCCAACUCCGACUCAACUUCAACCAUGACGGAACACAGUGGCAGUUUGGUGCCAACCUAGGGCUUAAGGAUGACGCUUCCGGCAGCGCGACCGUUAAGACACUACUGGACACAAUCAUGGGUGUUGAUGCCCCGAAACUACCAGACGUCAUUGCUGACGUUAUGCUUGCAAAGCCAGGUAACGAGAAUGAGAUUCUUGGUUUCAAGUGCGCGCAGGUGAACGUCGCCGGGAGCGGAUCUGGUGGUUCUGGUGGUCGAAAGCUCAUUGUGUUCACGGCAUCUGUACACAUUUCGAGCAUCAGCCUGACCUUUGUGCAGUGGCGAGACACGUCAUGGCAAUCGACGACACCCUCGAAGCGCAUCAUCAAAGUGUCGAUCGGUGACAUGGGCGACAUCGAUGCGCCGCUGGUGGGGAAGCUGAAGCAGCCCUUCGACCAGCUCGUUUAUAUGUGGGUGAGCGACAAGGCCACAGCUGUGGUCGACAAAGCCGCGAAGCCUGGUGUCACCAAGGGUGACCUUGACGCGUUGCUGCCCGGGCUUGAACACGACCAGGACAAACUCUUCUUUAAAUCCAACAAGGAGCCAAGCGCUAUCAAGUCGAACGAGAUUGUCAUUGAGCCUGGAUCGCACUUUAUGGUUGUCGCAACUAAUAGCAAGGGCCUACAGGCGGCGGUGCUGGAUUAUCGUUUCAACCGGCCCAAAGACUCCGAGAAGAAGGACAGACCGAGCGGCUGGGAUGAUUGCGACGAGUGGCUGAUUGAGGACGGUGAACAGAAUGACGAGGACGUAUCAAAGGCUGCCUUCAAGGUGUCGGCUGGCCCGCUCGUGUUCGAGAACAUUGGACUGAAGUACAUCCAGGAGGAGAACCGUCUGGGUGUGGUUCUCGACGCAAGCCUCCUAAUGGGGCCCAUUGUAGCAGUCGCAUUGCCCUCCCAGAAUCCCAUCCCUCAGCCCUACCUUGCUCGACUCCUAUCAUCCGCGCAGCUCACAAUACUGUUCAGCACAUCGAUGGCUACGGAAAUGAAGGAUGGAGUCUACUAUGCCGGCGGUCUUAUCAUUGGCUUUGAGCCCUGGAUGAUUCAAGCCGUCGGUGUAUAUGGAGAGGUAGCAAAGCCCUCACUUCCGUCGCCGCAAUCGCAGCGAUCGGGGUUUAUGAUGGAGGCCGCGGAAGAUGACAAGAAGGAUACCUUCACUAUGGUCUUCAUCAUCUUCAAGCUCAAUGGGCCCUUGUUCACAAUCGGCUUCGCGGACAUCGCCGGCCUUACUGGCGGCGCCGGGGUCAACAGUAAUGUUCGCCUGCCGAAUGCAGCCACUGUCCUUGACUUCCCGUUCGUUAAGCCACGCGGAACUGAUACUUCGGGCGGGCCUCUCAAGGCUCUUAAAGGCCUCCUCAAACCAGACUCGGGAGAGCCAUGGUUCACUGCUCGGGAGGGUUCUUUCUGGGUAGCGGCGGGUCUUCGAGCCACUGCCUUCCAAAUGCUAGCGGUCGAUGCUGUUGUCGUUGUCCAGCUCAAUCCGGACGUCCAGCUUGGCAUCUACGCUGUUGCCGUAUGCGAUGUCCCCACACCGGCGUCACCUAUCAAGUUUGCCCAUGUUGAGCUCGGCAUUGCCUGUACACUUGAUAUCGCUGCCGGAGUGUUCAAGGUUGAGGCCCAACUCUCGCCGCAAUCUUUCGUCCUUCACGAAAGUUGUCAUUUGACCGGCGGCCUCGCCCUCUUCUCCUGGUUCGGCGACAGUCCCUAUGCCGGUGACUGGGUCAUGACUAUUGGUGGCUUUCACCAAGCGUUCGAUAAACCUCUCCAGUAUCCUCGACCCCCUCGCCUCGGCAUUGCUUGGUCUCUCGGGGAAAAUCUGCGCAUCACUGGCGAAGCCUACUUCGCCAUCACGCCCCGCGUUUGUAUGGGUGGUGGCCGCCUACACGCCCAGUUGACACUCGGCGCGUUGUCCGCCUGGUUUGACGCCUUCCUUGACUUCCUUAUCAAUUACCGGCCCUUCUAUUUCGCUGCCGUCGGCGGUGUAUCUAUUGGAGUUCGUUUCUCUUUGGACCUCUGGCUCGUCACUAUACGCAUAUCAUGUGAGAUUGGGGCGACACUCACUGUUGCGGGGCCACCUAUGGCUGGUACUGUCCACGUCGACUUCUGGGUCUUCGGCUUUGACGUCGAUUUCGGUGACAGUGCUGGCAUGGCGAGACCUGAUCGGCUAUCACUCGGUGAUUUCAAGGCUUUGGCUCUCAAAUCUGCGUCCUCCGGGGUCUCGGUGCCUCUGGCUAGCGGAUGGUUGGACGUCGCCAGUGGACAGAAUGACGACGACGACGAAGACGACUUUGACAAGCAAGAAGCGCCGCCAAAAGCAUUCCUAUUCAACUGCGUGGGAGGUCUCGUUCCCGAAGGCAGCGAUGCUAAGGGCCUAGAGGCCAACGUCUGGUAUGAGGAUAAGCCAGCGAAGAUGUGGCUGGUCCGCGGAGGCGAGCUUUCCUUCUCAAUCACCACGUCUUUUGCCGCCAGUGACGGUGUGCUUUUCGAUGAUCGCAAGGGUGCAAUCACGCCAAAAAAGUCGGUUGAGAUUGCAGAUGCGCAGAAGAAAGUUUACGCUCUCCCCAUGUGUCUUCAGCAGACAAUUGUAUCGACGAUCGUGGUCAGAAUUGCACGGGUCGCAAGUAGGUCGAAGGUGGUGAGAACCUUAGGCAAUGAGAGAAGUGAUAUGGAGUGGGGGAUACACCCCAUUCUCAAGACUGUGCCACAGUCGAUAUGGGGAUAUUAUGAUCCCGAAAAAGACCCCGUGCUCAAAGGCAACCACGUUUCUGGCCUCCUCGAUGGCAAGCCUGCCGAUUCACCGCCUCUUGUCAUGGGCCUGACAAUCGAGCCUCCGAAACCUUACAUCUCGCGUGACGCCAUACCAAAGUACAACCUUGUUGAGGACCUCAAGCUCACGGUCGACAGCAAAGGAUUCCCCUUCAAAAGACAGGAGACCGCAAGUCCCAUGUGGGCGCCACGACAUCAAGAUGGCAGCUGGAAGAAUUUUAAGGAGAAAUGGCAAAGUCAGCCAGACCAACGUCCGGAGGAGGCCGUACACUUGUGGGCAGAGAGGCUGAAGUUCAAAGGCCUGACGGGGUCGAGGCCGAAAGCACUGCUGAAGAGGUUUGAUGAUAUAGUGCCCGCGUUGCCUUUGAUUGCGGUUGGGGCUGGAAGUUGA